GCCGCGGCCGAACGGCGGCGUUAGGCCCACGGGGCCGCGCUGCGGGUGUGGCGGGCGAACUGCUGGCGAACUGCUGGCUGCAGCGGCUCGACGUGACGCUACGAGACAGCUCCCGACCCAGCACAGCCCGGCCCAGUCGGGCCCGACGAUGCCGGGGGCGGCGGAGCGGCAGCGCCCGGCCGAGCGGCGGCCCCGUUGACGGCCCCGCCAUGUCGGUGAUGGUGGCGAGGAAGAAGGUGGUACGGAAAUGGGAGAAGCUGCCGGGCAGGAACACCUUCUGCUGCGAUGGCCGCAUCAUGAUGGCCCGGCAGAAGGGCAUCUUCUACCUGACGCUCUUCCUCAUCCUUGGCACCUGUGCCCUCUUCUUCGCCUUCGAGUGUCGGUACCUGGCAGUCCAGCUCUCUCCAGCCAUCCCCGUGUUUGCAGCUGUUCUCUUCCUGUUUGCCAUGGCCACACUCCUACGGACGAGCUUCAGUGAUCCUGGAGUGAUCCCGAGAGCCCUGCCUGAUGAAGCAGCCUUCAUUGAGAUGGAGAUUGAGGCCACCAAUGGGACUGUGCCACAAGGUCAGCGCCCGCCCCCACGGAUUAAAAACUUCCAGAUCAACAACCAGAUAGUGAAGCUGAAGUAUUGCUACACGUGUAAGAUCUUCCGUCCACCCCGUGCCUCUCACUGCAGCAUCUGUGACAACUGUGUGGAGCGCUUUGACCAUCACUGUCCCUGGGUGGGCAACUGCGUGGGGAAGAGGAACUACCGCUAUUUCUACCUCUUCAUCCUCUCGCUGUCACUCCUCACCAUCUACAUCUUCACCUUUGACAUAGUCUACGUAGCACUGAAAUCUCUGAAGAUUGGGUUCCUGAACACAUUGAAGGAAACCCCAGGGACUGUACUGGAGGUGCUCAUCUGUUUCUUUACCCUGUGGUCGGUGGUGGGGUUAACUGGGUUCCACACCUUCCUGGUGGCACUGAAUCAGACAACCAAUGAAGACAUCAAGGGUUCCUGGACUGGGAAGAACCGUGUGCAGAAUCCCUACAGCCAUGGCAACAUGGUGAAGAACUGCUGUGAGGUACUCUGUGGGCCUCUGCCCCCCAGCGUCUUGGACAGACGGGGCAUUUUGCAUCAAGAAGAGAAUGCAGCUCAGGAGGAGACGUGCUCACGGGGACCCAGUGCUCAAGGGCCCACUGCUGCUCAGGGCCCUGGUGGGCAGGCAGAAGAGAGCAGCACUCAGCAGGAUGGCAGCCUUCCUCACCCGAGUGCUGUCCCUGUGCCAUCCCUGAGCAACACUGAGAUGCCAGAGGAGAAGCAGCUAACAAGUGGGGAGCUCCCAGCCCUACCCCAGGUUCCUGGGCAAGCAGAGCACUAGCCUCUGCUUGAAAGGGAGAACUUUCUUGUUUUGUUGAAUCAAAGCUGGAAGUGAUUGAGGAGAGGAGGAGAUGGUCUGGAUGGCAGGCAAAUGAUUCCUCACAGCCAUUUUGCUUUAGUCAUUCAUCUCGAUGUGCAGGCUGGUGCUGGCCUUGCAUGGUGGCCAAGGAUAAUGAGCACCAGUGGCCCACCGUGGUCACUGAGGGGCACUCCCCACCACUGGGGCUGGUCUCCCUGCAGGCCGAGGCAGGAACUCUUGCUCUGCAGGUUGUCUUCAAUGCUAAAUACCAGCUUGGUGGUCUGAGCAGUCCCCAUAUCUUGGAUGUGACAUUAGGGCCGGCCUGUGCCCUGCUGCUGAGGAAUCCUGAUGGAAGGGGAAAGCAAUUUAUGGCAGUCAUGUUCUCUCUCCCCUCCUCCCUCCUUCCUCUAAUAUGUGGCAUUGUUUUAUUGGUGAACAUGGCAGGGGUUGUCAGGAGACAUUGUGGAGCCAAAAGGGCCCAAAAAACUGGGAAGGUGUUCUGCUGA